GAAAACCUGCUGAUAUGAUGUGAAGAACCAGAACGAAAUGUAAAGAUUGGAAACUGAAAACUAUCCAUGUAGUCGUAGUGCUUAGUAGUGAAGAACACAAUGAUUGCUACCGCUGGUCCCGUGACGCAGGCAUUGCUGGGAACGCUUCUAACAUGGGGCCUUACAGCUGCUGGAGCAGCGUUAGUUUUCUUGCCUAUGAAAGGAGAUCAGAAAAAGAUAUUAGAUGGUAGUCUUGGAUUUGCUGCCGGGGUAAUGUUAGCUGCGUCCUACUGGUCGUUACUAGCACCGGCAAUAGACAUUGCGUCAUCGCAGGGUUACUAUGGCGAACACGUCUGGUGCCCGGUGGCGUUUGGGUUCUUUCUCGGCGCGCUGUUCGUUCAUGGAGCUGAUAAGUUGCUGCCCACACCGGAAGGUGGCUCCUCAGCAGUGGAACUUGCACAGCUUAGUGCAAGGAAAGAGAAUGUUCAGGCGACUUCACCAGGCAAGGAUGUCAGACAGCGACGUCGAAGCCGACGCUUAAAUCCUGAUGAAGAAGACGAUGCAAGCGCCUCUCAAGACAGCUCAGACGCGAGAGAAAGCAGUGAUGCUGCCGCUGUUUCAGAAAGCGCUCAGCAGCAGAGCAUGUCUGCAAGCAGCUGGAGGCGCAUGCUUCUGUUGAUCCUGGCUAUUACUGUUCAUAAUCUUCCAGAGGGCUUGGCUGUUGGCGUUGCUUUUGGCGGCAUUGGAUCAACUGAGAGUGCUACAUUCGCACAGGCAUGCUCUCUAGCUUUAGGUAUUGGCAUCCAGAACUUCCCGGAAGGUCUUGCCGUUAGUCUGCCAUUGAAAGCCGCUGGGUUCUCCACCUGGAAGUCAUUCUGGUAUGGGCAGCUGAGUGGUAUGGUGGAGCCAGUUGCUGGCGUCCUGGGGGCUGUUGCUGUGACGUUUGCUGCACCUCUCCUUCCGUACGCGCUUGCAUUCGCCGCCGGUGCAAUGGUGUUUGUGGUGGCUGACGACAUCCUGCCAGAGGCGCAGACUGGAGGCAAUAGUCGCCUGGCAUCCUGGGGUACCAUUGUUGGCUUUAUCGUGAUGAUGACACUGGAUGUAGCCCUGGGCUAAUCCUGGUGGCCUUCUGCUUCACUGUCUACUCUCGACUUAGCACACACUCAGUCCUGGACAAGAACUUAUGUGGCGUGUCACCGGGGCGCAACCUGGAGACACAGCACCCGCUUGUAAGAGACCGUGGCAGUGCUGCCCCACUCAGAAAAGUGCACAACGUGUUGCCAAUAGACUAUACCACUCACACCUGCACCGCAUACUAUGUGUGUUAGGGACACGCUCAGGGAAACACUGGACAUGCUACUCGAGCCACUCACCACCUGCUCUGAAUCAGUUGUUUUUCUCGGUCAUUCUGUCAUUCCAAUGCUGUCACCUUUUUUAGAGUAUUUUUGUAGUCCUGUAUUAUGUUCUAGUGAUACAUGUGAUCGUGCAGUGACAGCACUGUACCUGUUGCAAUGCCAGGCCUGCCUGCGUUCCAUUAUUUAUGUUGAAACAUCGUUGGGGUAAUUUUUUAUCAGACACUCG